CUCUGUUUUCGUUUUCUGGACUCAUUUUCUCGUUUUCAUUCUCUUUUGUUAUUUUCGUUUUCCAAUCUCCAUAGCCUGAAUCGGGGCUUCCUCGCAGAGAUGGACGGUGGGAGCUGGAGGGCGGCGGGGCCGGGAGACGCCGGUGGGGACCCGCCUGCGGGUGACUGGAGGACCCAGCUCCAGUCGAAAGCUCGGCAACGGAUCGUGAACAAGGUAAUGGAAACUUUGGAGAGGCAUUUGCCGAUCCCCGCAUCUGAGGGAUUGAAUGAACUUAAAAAAAUUGCUGUGAGAUUUGAGGAAAAAAUUUACACUGCUGCAAUGAGUCAGAUUGAUUAUCUGCGGAAAAUCUCUUUAAAAAUGCUUUCAAUGGAGAUAAAGACCCAGAAUCCAGCAGCAAUUAAUCAGCCAUCACUAAAUUCAGCCGGUGGGAAUCAAAGUAAUGUAGACCCAGAGAUGGACGGUGGGAGCUGGAGGCCGGUGGGGCAGGGAGACGCUGGUGGGGACCCGCCUGCGGGUGACUGGAGGACCCAGCUCCUGCCGGAAGCUUAUCUUGAACAAGAUAAUGAAAACUUUGGAGAGGCAUUUACCGAUGCUCUCAUCUGAGGGAUUGAUUGAACUUAAGAAAAUUGCUGUGAGAUUUGAGGAAAGAAUUUACACUGCUGCAACGAGUCAGGUCUGUGGGCUUCGCUUUCAAAGUUUUGUCGUUAUCUUCCUGCAGUUUAAUCAUUGGUGUCAAACUGUGCAGUCAAUAUUAUUUAUUGCGAAUAGGGAAAAAAGCCCACCAUUGCGUUUCAAUUGCAUAAAUACCGUGAGCACUUUGAACCAAAGCAUUGUACAGAUAAAUUCUUAACUUUCUUUUUUUUAUCAGACUGAUUAUCUGCGUAAAAUCUCUUUAAAAAUGCUUCCAUGGGAGGCAAAGGCCCAGAAUGCUGCAUCAAUUAGUCCACCAUCACAAAAUCCAGCAGGUGUGAUUCAAAGUAAAAUAUAGACCCAGAUGCAGUCUAUGAAGGAGUAAAGAGGCAGCUCUGCAGCUCAAUGAAACUAUAUAUCAAAACUGUAUGCUUGCCUUGGAGUUGCAUAGAGAGUGAAGUCUAUUCUUUAACUUUUACUAUCAAACUGUCAAGUUCAAACAUAUUCCAUCUGGAAAACUUCAACUAUGCUCAGAAGACAUUUGAGAUGAAGUAAAUAUAUUAUGGUAUGCUUGUUUCUAAUAUUUCGAUUUACCUACUAUAUAUAUAUAUUUGUGCA